UUGCUUGCACAUUUCAUAACGCAUACAUACACACACUUAAAUGCUUCCUUAUGAGUAUUCAACACUGUUUUAGUUCGUAUAUUUUAAAAUCAUUAUUGCAAUUUUACCGGCACAGAAUAAAAGCGCAAACCUGUGGAACUCGUAAACUUAGUAAUGCGGUGGAAGCGCGUUACAAAGCCUCGACAGAAAUUUACAUCGCAUUUAUAAAUAAUAUUAAUAAUAAAGGGUGUAUAAUGCUGUCGGCAGAUACUGCUUGCCUAUUGGUGACCCUUUUGGCGCUCGCCUACGUUUGGUGUCGCUACACAUAUGGCUUCUGGAAACGCAAUAAGAUUCCCUAUAUGACGCCACUACCACUGAUUGGCAAUAUGGAAGUUUUGUUUACAAUGAGCAAUAGUUUCUAUCUAUAUCUAUCGGACAUAUAUAAAGACGCUAGAAUGUCAAAGGCUGCGGCAGUCGGCAUUUACAUACUCAAUCGGCCAGCGUUAGUGUUACGUGAACCGGAACUUAUUAAACAUGUGCUAAUCAAGGAAUUCCCGAAGUUCGCCAAUCGGUCAGGUGGCUGUGAUCCACAUGAUGAUCCCUUGGGCUCGAAUAAUCUAUUUCUCAUACGUAAUCCACAAUGGAAGGAUUUGAGAACGAAAAUAACGCCGAUUUUCACAACGGGAAAGAUCAAACAAAUGUAUCCACUAAUGACUGAGAUCGGCACGGAGUUGGAAGCCCAUUUAAAUUCGUAUGCGAAGAAUGACGACGCCUUCGUAACUGAAAUUAAAGAGGUGUGUGCGCUCUUCACCACCGACAUGAUUGCCACCAUCGCUUAUGGUGUGAAAGCCAACAGUCUUGCCAAUCCCAAUGGCGAAUUUCGCUCGCAAGGACGAAAACUGUUAACCUUUACACUCAGCCGCGCUAAGGACUUCUUUGUAAUUUUUUUCUUUCCAAAGUGGGCCUCUACAUUUCGUGCUAAAUUUUUUACAACGGAGUUCAGCGCAUUUUUACGUGGCACCAUCGGUCAUGUUAUGGCAUUAAGAGAGGAGAGUAAAGCGACGCGUAACGAUUUGAUCGAUGUGUUGCUGAGCCUCAAAGAAGAGGCAGUUGCGAAGGGCGAAUAUAAUGCCCAUCUACAGGAUAUUUUGACAGCACAAGCUGCUGUAUUUUUCUCAGCUGGUUUUGAGACGUCAUCUUCGACGAUGACAUUUGCGUUAUACGAAUUAUCCAAACGACUCGACUUACAAGAACGUCUGCGCAAUGAGAUCUGUGAAGCUUUCGUAGCUGAACAAGGUACAAUGUCAUAUGAAACUAUCAAUAAUCUACCAUAUCUGAGUAUGGUAGUCGACGAAGUGUUGCGUUUAUAUCCAGUACUACCUUUUCUCGAUCGUGAAUAUCUGCCGAAGGAGGGGGAAAAGCAAUUCGAUCUUAAACCAUAUUACGAUUACACAAUACCUGUCGGUAUGCCUGUUUAUAUACCAAUAUUCGCCAUACAACGUGAUCCCGAGUUUUGGCCCAACCCGAACACCUUCGAUCCUGAACGCUUCAACGCCGAAAAUAAGAAAACCCAUAAGCCUAUGUCCUACCUUCCCUUCGGUAGUGGACCACGUAACUGUAUUGGUGGUCGCAUCGGUUUGUUGCAGUCCAAAGUCGGUUUGGUGCAUAUUUUGAAGAAUCAUUAUGUGACCACAUGUGAGAAGACACCGUCGGAAAUCACUUUCGAUCCACUGGCCAUAGUUUUAAGUUAUAAAAAAGGCAUUUACUUGAAAUUGGUCAAUGACAAACGAUAUGAGCGCCUGGCGAAGCAGUAAAUGUGCAAAAUAAUUUCAAAAAAUAUCGAUGCAAUUAAAAUUAUGUUUUAAAA